UACCCAUGUCCAGCAUUUUGAAGAAAGUACAAUCCUGGAGCUGUGUUUAUCCAUUUGCCUUUCCUUUGUGGUUUGGAAGCUUUUCUGCAUGUUUAACAAUCACACACCCUGAUUAUGCUAAAACGUUGCUUUCUAGAACAGAGCCAAAAGAUGCUUUUGCAUAUCAGAGUAUAAUUCCAUGGAUUGGGAAAGGUUUGUUGGUGCUCUAUGGGCCAAAGUGGGUGCAGCAUCGAAAACUGCUGACUCCAGGUUUUCAUUAUAACAUUUUGAAACCCUACAUAACACUGAUGGCAGAUUCCACAAAAAUGAUGCUGGAUAAAUGGGAACAGCUGAUCACACAGGAGACAUCAGUGGAUCUCUUCAAACAUGUGAGCCUGAUGACACUUGAUAGCAUCAUGAAAUGUGCCUUCAGUUGCGACAGCAACUGUCAAAUGGACAGAGAAAACUCCUAUGUUCAAGCUGUCUUUGACCUUUGCUUCUUAGUAAAUGAAAAAAUGUACCAUAUCCUGUAUCAGAAUGAUCUUAUUUACUGGUUCAGUCCACAAGGAUAUCAGUUCCGGAAAGCCUGCCAAAUUGCACACCGCCAUACCGAUAAGAUAAUUAAGGAGAGAAAGGAAUCUCUCAGAAAUGAGGAAGAGCAACAAAAGAUCCAGACAAAGAAACAUCUGGAUUUUCUUGACAUCCUUCUCUUUGCCAAAGAUGAAAAUGGAGUUGGACUAUCUGAUGAAGACCUGCGUGCCGAGGUAGACACUUUCAUGUUUGAAGGACAUGAUACCACAGCCAGUGGCAUCUCCUGGAUGCUGUAUUGCCUUGCCCAGAACCCAGAGCACCAGCAGAAAUGUAGAGAAGAGGUAAAAGCCAUUCUGGGGGACCAUGACACCAUUCAAUGGGAUGACCUCAGUAAGAUGACUUACUGCACUAUGUGCAUUAAAGAGAGCCUUCGCCUUUACCCUCCAGUACCAGGAGUGUCCCGACAGCUCAGCAAACCCAUUACAUUUUUCGACGGACGGACCUUACCAGAAGGUUCUUGGGUAGCAGUAAGCAUUCAUCUGAUGCACAGGAACCCCAACAUAUGGAAAGAUCCUGAGGUGUUUGAUCCUCUGAGGUUUACUCCUGAGAACAUAUCGAGCAGAGAUGCCCAUGCCUUCCUGCCUUUCUCUGCUGGACCAAGAAACUGUAUUGGUCAGCAGUUUGCCAUGAAUGAGAUGAAAGUAGCCCUUGCCUUGACUUUGCUUCGAUUUGAACUCAUACCCGAUCCUACUAAGCCUCCUCCCAUUCCCAUGCCUCAGAUCAUCCUGCGUGCCCACAAUGGGAUACACCUCAACUUGAAGAAACUGAUAUGAUACUGAAACAGCAGAAGAAAUAAUCGUGAUCUGGAAAGGAGACCU